AUGACUGGCAGUCGAAGACGGUUGGAGCUGUGGUGGCUAAGAAGAGGAGAGAGUCAUCUGCCCGGGCGAAGAGCUCUUCUGCGACGUCAGUGGCUGAUCCCAAGGUGGAUAAGUCCAGCCCUGAAAAGGAUGCAGGUGGUGGAAAAUGUCGCGGAUCUGACAGGUAGAGCUGUUGAGAGCAUCGCUGAUCAUGCGGAUGCGGAAAAGACUGCAGAUCAGGGAUCUCCUGCUAGCAUCUCAGAGUAG